AUGGACAAACUUGUAUCUGAGAUUAAAAUUUCAUAUAAAAAAAAUAAUUUUAUAACAAAAGAGGAAGCUUGCUUAAAAGUUAUUGAAAGCUCACCUCGAAACCAAUACUUUUUCCUUCCCGAAGCAAUUUUGGUUAAUGGAAAACAACUUAAAUUUCGUACUUUAUAUACUUUAAAAAGAAAUGACAUAAUUAAAAUAGGGCAUAGUACUUUUCAAUAUCUUCCUGCUGGAGAAUAUAAAAGCUACAUUGAUCCACUUUUAAUGAUUUAUAACACUGCAUAUUUUCGGAAAAGCUUGGAAAAUGAAUUUAAAAAUAGUCAAAAUUUGAGUUUAUUGUUUUAUAAUUUGGACUACUUUAGUGAGGCUGGAGACUACGUUUUAAUAGAAUUAGUAAAGUUGAUCCAAAAUAAAUAUGUUCGUGAUAAAAAUAUUUUUGCUAGAUAUAAUGAAGAUGAGUUUACUAUUCUUCUCAUCGAUACAAAUGUAGAAUCAGCCUAUGAAGUUGCUAAGGAAAUCCAAUCUGCUGUUGAAACUUAUCCCAUUGGUGUUUCUGGAGUGAACUCCUUGGUAGAAAGUUCUAAAGACUUAUUAAAUCACGCCGAAGAAACUUGCAGGAAAGCCAAACAAUACGCUCAUAAGAAAUUACAAUCGACAUUUCAACCACAUAUUCCAUCUCAAAUCCCACCAUUUCCACCAUUUUCACCAAAAGAAAAUAAAGUUUUAAAAAUAGAUAAAAAAUGGUACUCAAUUUUGGGUGAAGAAUUGCCUUUAAUCGAAUCCCAACAUUAUUUUAUGCUUAGGAAACUUAUCCCUCAACCAAAAUUAUCAUCUCAUAAAAUUUAUGGAAAUGUGACUGCAGUUCUUCCCUAUAUUCGACAAAAAGUUAAAAUGUGGGGAGUUGAUAUUCUUAAAGCAGAAAACUUUGCAAAUUUAGUCAAUGAUGAUGAUGAUGAAUCUUCCGAUGAUGAAUCAAAGAAUGAAAGCAAAAAGUUAAUUAAAAAAAACAGAUUAUCUAGAUUUGAUUGCAUUGCUUCUUUAUUUGCCUCUGCUGAAUCUACUGUUGUUCAAGAUAUUUUCCAAACUAUAUCUCAAUUUCCAAUUGCUCUUCCUUUAUUAAUGCCCAAUUUAGAUAAUGCAGAAAAGUUUAAAGUAAUGCUUCCUUUAUUUACCGGAUCAGCUAUCAAAUGGCAUACAAGCAAUGGAUCAAUUAUAGAAAAUUUUCUUUUUGAAGAUUCUUUUAAAUUAAUUGUUGCAGUUCGGAUUGGAAUGAAUCCUCAAGGCAAAAGUACCAUACUUAAUCAGUUGAUGGUUUCAAACUACAUGUUCACAUCACACUCCGAGCCAAGAGCCGAUUAUGGAAUUCCACAUAUGAUUAGUGGAAGUGUUGAGUUUGUUUGGCUGACAAAAGAGACUUGUGGUGCUGAUCUAUAUAAUUAUGUUUUUAAAAGUUAUUAUGAAGAAGGGAGAAAUGAGAUUGUAUUACUUGCUAAUUUACAUGGUGAUGCUUUAGAUUAUCCGGAUCAAAUAGAAUUUCUAAUGCAAUUGCCUUCUUGUUUCUUGGUUUUCUUAAUGCCUGGACAUGACGAAAAUCAAAUAGUUGAAUUUAGAAAUUUAAUUGGUUCAAAAAAGGUUAUAUUCAACUAUGUAAAUCCUGAGAACAAUGUAGGUGAAGAGGAUAAUUAUACAAUUAAUACAAAUUCUUUAAUGAGUUAUGAAACAAUAAAAGAAGCUUGUAAAAUGUUUAAAGAUUUCUUAGAUACUGAUUUUGUUGAUCCUGAUGAUCCCGGCAAAUUUUCAAUUAGUACGUUAGAAAUAGGGGAAACACUUCAAUUUGCUGAGAAAAUUGAGAGUGUUAAAUCUCAGGAAAUUAUAAAUUUUAUUAAGCAAAAAACUUGCAGUCAUAUUAGAUUAGAGAUUAUGCAACUUCAAAAAAUGCAAAGUGGUCACGAUUGUAUACAAUUUUGGGAACACUCACCAGAGUUACAAGAAUUAAUGCGAUUAUUCAGUUCUAUUAUAAUUCUACCAAUUAGAGUAAGGAGAAGAGCUCUGGCGCAUUUUGAAAAAGAGAUAUCUAGGCUAUCUAUAGUAGAGUCUUCUAAACUCCGGAAUGACGCUAUAUCGAAAAGGAAAGAAUUAUGUAAUGCGAACAUUGUGUAUAAUGACCAAGAAACAAUAAACAAUAUUAGUGAAGAAAUUGCAAUGCUUUGGGAAGAAGUUGAUAAUACAAGCUUGGGCAUCGAACAUUUCUUUCGUGAAUUAGGGCAUAUGUAUAAAGUUUUUAUUUCUGAUCCCAAAAAAAUUAUUUCUGUUAAUGGUCUAAUCACAGAAAAUAUUUCAAAAUUACCGGAAUAUUAUGCAGAGCUGUUAAUUAGUGGUCACAAUAUCGAGUUGCUUGAUG